CUCCACUUACUCCACUUUUUUUUGUAAUUUCCCUUCCUUUUCACUAUAAUUUAACACUUGCAUUGUAGACCUCGGUUGUAUUAAGUGCAAUAGCAGCAGUGUAUACAAUAUACAUAUCCUAAACCAAUGAAAGCAUGGAAUUACAUAUAUGGAUGGGCAAACUUUGCUUUACCAUCCAACAUACAGAAACGACUAUACAAAUUUGUUUUAAGAAAGGCCAUAGGCCAAUUUUUACAGAAUGAGCUUGAUCUUGAACAUUUCGACAUCGCUUUACUCAAUGGCAGUGUUGAACUUAGAGAUUUAGACUUGAACCUAUUAUUCAUAAAUAAACUGAUAUGGGAUACACCAUUUACACUGGAAAAAGGAAGGGUAUCAAGCAUUAGUGUAUCCAUACCAUGGUCAAAGCUCUUAAGCGGCGAUAUAACUAUAAAGAUUCAAGGUUUGCAUUUGACUUUGAGACCCGUCAAGAAUAAACCAAAAGAAGCCAAAGAUAAUAGCAAACAUAAUUCAGAGGAGCAUCUUAUGUCUUCAUCUCUACACUUUGCUGACGACUUUUUACGAACAGAAAUCAAAAAUGAGCAAGCGAGAGAACUGCACAAAUCAAUCCAAGAGUCUCUACACUUGGGAACUGAUGACAGUGACAUUGAAAAUGAAGACGAGCCAACAGACAUGGAUACUGAGGGACUGCAGGUCUUAACAAGAGUGAUUGAUAAAAUGAUGUCAAGAAUAAAAAUCGAUGUCAUUGAUACCCUUAUCCGUAUCAGUCAUAAGUCAACUGUUCAAUUAGUGAAACCAAGGAACAGAAAUAAUAACAGUCUCGACAAACAAGAAUAUUUUAUAGAUAUUUGCAUCCCAAGAAUAUCUUAUUUUGAUGAAACACCCGAAUUUAAUGAUAUCCAACAGCAGCAAUAUACCAGUCAAUUAAUGGAGAGUUCCAUUUUGACAAGUGAAAUAGUAAAAAUCGUUACCAUAGCGUCUCCAAAAAUCUGGAUUCGAUCAAAGCUUCCCUCCAAUUCAUCAUACAUCAAUCCGAUGGCUGGCAAAUCAAGUUCUAGUAGUGUCUUCACAACUGAUAAUGAUGACGAAUAUCAAGGCACAUCUUCCUUAUUUCAAACUUUAAAUCAGGACCGUACCAAUAUCAACUCCAGCCAUUCAAGCGGAUCAGUUACACCAAAGGCUUCAGACGAAGAACCAGUAACCAAACAAUACGAAGCCCUGCUAUUUACAACUAUAGACGAGAAAAACUGGAUAAGGAUGAAGUUAAGGCCGUCGAUUGACGCGGUAUCACUCAUGUCAAUCAAACAAUUAGACUUCAUAACAACACAUGUUAGAGCCAUUAUAUCACCUCAGCAAAUGGCAUUUUUUAUGGAUCUUUUUGAUACCAUGCUGAGCUCCGAUGAUGAAAUGAAACCAUUUACCGAAGGUUUCUCUCCUACAAAUAUUGAAAAACCUAUAUCAAAAAAAGUAAAGAAGGAUACUUUAAACAAUAUUGAUACAUUAUUACAGGAUUUGGAUUCUAUGCAACCAACUGUUUCUCCCUCAUUAUCAUAUACCCAACAGGAGGUUAGUUCACCAAGUUAUGCUGAAAUACCAUUAAAAUCUUCGCAAAAGAUACCAGCAAGUACAUCAACCAGUGCUUCAAUACAUGCUGAUUGUAAGAUCAAGCUCCAAAUGACAUUAUUGGAAGUAUUUAUUUUAGCAGAUGAUGAUUGUGUUAAGGACUGGCUUCAACCUGGAAAGAAUAACAAUCAUCUUAAAUUCUCUAUUCAACAAUUUAAUGCGCGAAUCCAACAAUUUAACGACGAAUCCAUAAAGCAGCAACCAGGACGCCGCCGUUCUCAUCAGUCAAAUCAAUAUUAUUCGCAGCAGCAGCAACGUGCUUUAGGUACUUUUCCAAUCUUAAUAAGUGAAAUCCGCUUAGCCAAUAUAAGCUUAGAUGAAUGGAUUAUAAGCCCGCCUCAGGCCAAGAUUAUGCUUAAAGAUACAAGCGCGCGAAUCACAUAUGAUAUGUAUAAUCCGAUAUUUCAAUUGAACAGUCAAAUCAAGCAUGACUAUCAUGGCAAUGCAUAUUUUCCAGAAUACGAACCAUCUAAAAAUAAUCAGACUAUUCAUAAACUACCAACACACAUGUCAGACAAUGCUAUACGCAUUCGGAUCGAGAGAAAAAGAACCCUGCAUACUAAUCAAUUCGAUGAGGCGCAAUUUUUUUCAGAAGAUGUUAACGUUGAUAUACCGCCAUUUAAGCUACUGCUCGAUCCACGUAUUGUUGAUAGGUACGAUUCUUACAUUAACGUGUUCGUAUCUCAUGCGAACAAAAUAAAAGCACAGAACCCUCAGGUAUCCACAUCACAACUAGCAACCGCUCGCAAGGUACCAAAAAAGACUUACCCAAAUGGUCAGACUUGCGAAUCCUCUUUGUUUGACGCAUUAGAAUCUGAAGAAAUUAUUCAAAAACGCAAAGUGAAGGUCAAGCUUGCGUUUAUUCGCGUCAUUUUAUUUGUCCCCGAUAUGAGUCAAGCCAGUACAAGGGAAGAAUUUAAUGAUACUUUUCAUCCUGAUCAACUUAGCAUUGAUAUCAAAAAGGUAGUUUGCACGUUUGCCUCUACGACAUCGACAAUAGAGGACGACGGAAUGCUUGGAUUGGAACACAAUUAUCAACAACCUAACUUAAAUAACAAUUUAUCAGCACAUAAAAAACCGAACAAAAUUAAUCUGGAACUUGAUUCUAUCAAUGUGUUUAUGCAAUUGAAGGAUGAUCAUAUAGCAAGAUGUUGGUUUACUGCAAAAACAAUUGAAGAUAACGAGCAUGUCUUUUCACAAGGGCCAAUAUCACCUACCAUAGAAAUUCUAAUACAGGACCCUGCUGUAAAUGCUACAAUGAAUACGCCAAUGUUUAAAUCGCCUCGCACUGGUAUUUUCGGUUCCGGAUCAGAUAUUCCUGAGACCUUGUUUAAUUACUUGAACAGGAAUGAAAGUUUCGAUGAAGAGCAGAAGCUUUAUUUACCAAUGGACGAACAAUGCGAGUCCGCAAUGAUAUUCAAUCAACGAACCAUUGAAACCUCGAUAUUUGUACUCAAUUGCCAUUUCCCUCGAACAGAUAUGAACUUGACGAAAGGUAUAUGGGAUAAAGUUCAAGUAAUUCAAAACGAUCUAUUACUUUGGCAGCCGAAGUUUCUUUUAUUGCAACAAAAGCAACAACAAAUCCAGCAAGAGCAUCAGCAAGAACAAUACAAUCACCAGUAUCAGCAAUUUCAUGAAGGAGAAGAAUCGGUUAAUAAUUACUCAAUUGCUCCUUCUGUUGAAUAUCAUCAUUUUCUUUCUGAAAUAAAGUCCACUGCCAGUUAUUUCCCUGAUAGCCAUCUUGAUGGAACCUCGUCUGUUUGCUCCAACUCAUAUGCUCAACGACAAGAGCAACAGACUCAGAAUCUCUCUAAAACGGAACCAGUGCAGCCCAUCAAGAAUACUUUAUUGUCAGUAGUUGCCGUGAUGGGUAAUGGUGUUUGGAAAAUACGCACUUCAGCAGAGCACGCAUAUCUUUUCGAAUUCUCGGAAUUUAGAUACUUUGCGGCUAUCAAGCAUUUGUAUGAGAAUGAAAACAUCACUACUCUGGAUAUUGAAGAUUUCGAACUGAGGGACGUUUCAGAUCCUACAAAUGAGGAAGGCAUUCUGCUUUUGUACAAAGCUCUGCCCAAAUGGAUUCACCCAAAGCGAAAUACUUCUAUGAUAUCUUUGAUAUCUAAACUCAACAAUUUCUUUGACUCAAAUACGAUAAAGAAAAUGACCAGUGUUGUAGCAUGUAAUAUUUGCUGGAAAGCAACAACGAACGUUGACUUUAUUAAUGAACUCAUUGAUUUUCAGAAAGCACCAGAAGAUCUUGCGUUUAUUGAUCCUCCCACACAGUAUAUAAAAGUAUUUGCUCAUGUUCUAGACGUCUCUAUAGACUAUGAACUCAUUUACAGCCCAACUCGUACUAUCGUUGUUUUUGACGGAAUUGAGGUUAUUACCAACAUUCUAGCAGGACAGCCCAUCAUAGAAGUGAAAACAUUCCUGCAGAGUUGUGAGCUACUAUUAAUUGAUGACAAGCGUGAUCUAAGCCCAACCCGGGUACGCGAACAAUUGGACGGCAAAACAAGUGAUGCAAGAAAGUAUUGGUGCGCCUUGGGUUUUAUUCAUACAUUAGCAGUGCAAAACAUCGAACUCCGCGUUAGAAUCAAAUUAGACGAGCAUGUAAAAGCACCACAGAUGGACGUUGCCCUUUUAAGUAUGGAUGUCAGCAUUGAUACAAGCGCUGACUCUUUCCAGACUCUGUUGAAUUUGAUUACAUUCAUUACUAAUAACGGAGAUGAAGCGAUCUCAGCAGCUAUGCUCAGCGCAAAAGCAGCUGCUGACAAUGCAGGCUCUGCGAAAGCAUCAAUGUCGACAACAAAACCAGUAAGGCAGGUUCAACAGCAACAGAAAAAUACUGAUAAUGCACAUCAUAAAAAGUCAAAAGAUAUAACCGAGAUUCAUGAACUGAACACGGCGUCCAACAGAGCAAAUAUGUUGGCUAGUAUAGAUGAAACUGCUUUCAAGGCUAUACCUUCAAAGAUAUCACCACCAACAUUUAUUGAUAUUCCUGAAAUGGAAGAAUUUAGCUUCGUCGAAGAAUUCUAUGACUCAUCCCAAAACAAUACACCUAAGCCGCUCACUUCAAGGUCAAAUGUACCUCCUCUCAAACCACGUCGUCGUAUGCAUCAACGACAGCAAACACAAAAACGAAAGAAAGCUUCAGAGGAUUACAUACGUAUGCUGGUUCCUGAAGAGGAAUUGGUAGCCGAAACGCUGGAAGGAACCAAUGGAGUACAGCAACCGCGGCAACAUUUAGCGUCCUUUUUCUUGAUAGAAGAUUAUUUUGGAGUGGAGAAGAAAGUGACACCUUCGACUACAGAUACAAUAGUGGACCUUACAAAAGCAGUUUUAUCAUUACGUGUUUCGAACGUUAACAUAGUCUGGAAACUGUAUGAUGGUUAUGAUUGGGAUUACGUCAAGUCAGAUAUAGCAGCUAAUGAAAAACUACGGAAACAAGAGGAACAAAAACAAAAAAUUCCGAAAUUAUCAACAUCAGUCAGUUCAUCUGAACAGCAGACAGCGAUUGGAAGCCGUAGUAAUUCAAGAAAUGAUAGCGAUCGAGAUAAGAACAAAACGGAAGCUAGUAUGGAAAUUAAAUUGAGCAAUGUGUGUGCUGUUUAUGAUGUGAUGCCUGAGGAUGACAAUGUUACCUCCUACUUCCAUUUGCUUAUUAAAGAUGUCGAUAUCAUUGAUAAUAUCAUGACAUCAGAUUGGAAAAAAUUUUUGGGUUACAUGCGGUCUCGUACGCAACAAAGAGAAACUGAAGACUGUAUGGUAGACCUUGAACUUACUAGCCUUAAACCCGUGCCAGGUGAUCCCCAGCAAGAGCUUCGCCUCAAGGUUAAAAUACUUCCCAUUCGAAUGUACGUGGAUCAAGAUGCCCUAAUAUUUCUACAAACGUUCUUUUUAUUUGAGAAGGAAUUUUUGAGGUCUACAGCUGCUGCAAACCAAUCUAUAAUAGAGAAGGAUGGUGAUGACGGCGACGACAAUGAAGAAGAGCAGAACAACCAAGGCAGUGAUUCCUUUGUCAACGACAACAGUGAUUUUAGAGCAACAUCUUUCAGAACCAAGCCAGGUGCAUUCUUCCAGCAUGUGGAUAUUUAUCCCAUCACGAUCAAGGUUGAUUAUAAACCUAAGGUUUUCAAAUUGGGUAGUUUAAAGGAAGGGCAAAUAAUGGAGCUUAUGAAUCUUUUCCGGUUGGAUGGUUCCGAAUUAUCGCUUAGUCAUGUCAAGCUGACGGGUAUCAAAGGAAUUGAUAGUCUGAUGAACCGUUUAGGGAAAGAAUGGCUGCCUCAUAUUCUAAAUACUCAAAAAAUAAACAUGGUUUCUGGUGUCUCUCCCGUUCGUUCUCUCUUUAAUUUAAGUUCUGGUAUGGCUGAUUUGGUUCUGCUACCUAUACAGCAAUAUCGUAAAGACGGCCGAUUAUUGAAAGGUAUUCAACGAGGUACCUCCUCUUUUGCGAGAGCGACAGCAAUUGAAGCCAUAAAACUGGGUUCUAGAGUUGCGUCGGGUGCUCAAGUUGCGUUAGAGCAUGCUGAUGGCUUUUUUUCACUCUCCUCAGACGGUAGUAAAGAGUUUUCAGCAGCUCAAUUACGACAGCUGGCAAAAGAUCAACCCUUUGUAUAUACGGAUGCCAAUGGUGUGGAAAUAACGUUGAGUGACGAAGAUAUUUAUUCUACCUCUGCACCUUCUUCUUCGGCAGAUUGGUAUCGAGCAUCAACGUCAGAAAAUCAUGAUUAUGACAAGAAUAAAAAUCGACGUAGUUACAGCAGUGACCUAUCAGAAGGCCUCCAAUUCGCCUACCACAACAUUAGUAAAAAUUUAGAAUCAGCUGCUCAAACAAUAUUUGCUGUUCCUUCGACUACCCCGGCUGCUAAUGCUUCGAAUAUGGUAGCAGACGCAGAAGAUAUCAUUAAAAGGGAUAGCGCUUUUGAUAGCCAUUUCGAUUACAUAAACAGUGUGCCCCAUUAUGAUCGUGAAGAGGAUAGAGACACAAAGCAUCAGAAAAAUAAGAAAAGUGCAAAAACUGUCAUUCGUGCUGUGCCCGUAGCAGUCAUUAAACCGAUGAUUGGAAUUACUAGUGCAUUUCAAAGCAUUUUGACAGGGCUAAGAAGCUCCAUAGAUCCUGUUAUGAGGCUACAAAGCGAAGAUAAAUACAAAAAAUCUCGAUAAGGAUUAUUACAUAAUUGUACACCAAGCCACCGAUUUAUUACUGAAUGAUCAGCUUUGUAACUUUUGUAUUUCUUUUGGAAA